AUCCUCCGCGGCCGCCUCGCCCCUUGACGCAUGCGCAGUUCUAGGAGACCUUGGAGUUGAGAAGAAGCUGUAAACCUACGGGGCAAAAUGCAGAGCUGGAGCAGGGUGUACUGCACCUUAAAUAAGGUAAAGCUCGCCUCUAGUAAUGCCCGGCCUGGCUGGACACAGAGCAGGAGGUUAGGGUUCCUGUAAAGGCAGUGGGUGUAGUGCAGGGGCAAUGUGACAGCUGAGGCCUACUGUGAGAGUGCCUGCUCACUGUGUGCUCCUACUGACUGGAGGAUCCCCCGACCUUCACCUGCCCAAUACAGGCCUCACUGGAACCACUAUAACAACUGCUCUCAUUGUUUACACUCACAUACACUAUAUAUAUAUAUAUAUAUAUAUAUAUAUAUAUAGUGUAACUUCCCAUGGUGUCUGGCAGUUCAUGAUGACUCCACCAUGCACAUUCUGUUCCUAACCCAACCAAGCCAUUUCCUGAACUGGUUCCACGUAGAUUUUCUUUCUAUCACAAUAAUAUUUCCGUAAACCUGAAAAAACCUUUACGAGAAAUCAGCACCUUUUUAUAAAGCUUUUAGGUUCUGAAGGAGGUUACUCUUAUUUGCCUUCUGCACUCCCUCAAGGCAAAAGUGAAUCCUUUUUAUAAUGAAGCAUUGGUGAAUGUGGAUUGCUGUUCAUGCAACUUAUGCCCCAAUGCACCCAUUUGAGAAACAUUGGGUUGGCAAAGAGAUAACUAAACUCUGGUGCGCAAACGCGUUGUCCAUAUGUCAUUUAUAAGGGUUUUAUGCAGCACAGAAAAGUGGUACCAUGCAGUAUGUAGAAUUCAUGUAUUGCAGGGGGGAAAUCAAGUCAUUAAUCAUCGUAGAAUCCUGUGGCAUCUGAAUCCUACAUACUGCAAGACAAUCAUUGUGUUGCCUUUAAGGAUGAAGUGAUUUGUAUCCAGGACAGCAAGGUAGGUCUGUAAGCCCUACGAUUAGCUUGUACAGUGGUUCCAAAGUCAUCAAUAUGGGACUGUGUUGUCAGAACCUUAUUUUAAAAUUGGAUUAUUUAGUAGCAGCUUAGUGGUUAAAGACUCAUUUAUGUAAAAUGAAUUGCCAAAAUUCAAAUUUCCAUUACUUGUGUGGAGAGUAUCUAUUUUCUCUUGACAAAUUCCAACACACUCAAAGUUUCCGGUCUAAUAUUUUCACCCACUGCAUUUUGUUCUGUUUGGAACACUGCUGCAAAAGGUUCUGUCCAAUAGGCCUGAAUGCUGUAGUAGGCUAUAGACAUGUACUCUUUAAUUGCACACAAGACAAAGUCAUAUCAGCUGUUGCACAGUUGCCCUAUGUUGGGGACUGUAUUACCCUCUAAUUGAAAUGUCUAGGACUAGGUACAAUUUGACCAUCUGUUUAGUUAAAGGACCACUAUAGUGCCAGGAAAACAUACUCGUUUUCCUGGCACUAUAGUGCCCUCAGGGUCCCCCUCCCGCCGGGCUCUGGGGAGAGCGCGCGCAUUCAGCCAGUCACAUAGGAAAGCAUUCAAAAUGCUUUCCUAUGGACACUUGCGUCUUCUCACUGAUUUUCACAGUGAGAAACACGCAAGCGCCUCUAGCGGCUGUCGAGACAGCCACUGGAGGCUGGAUUAACCCAUUUAUAAACAUAGCAGUUUCUCUGAAACUGCUAUGUUUAUAAAAAAAAAAAAAAAAAAAAGUGGGGGUUAACCCUAGCUGGACCUGGCACCCAGACCACUUCAUUAAGCUGAAGUGGUCUGGGUGCCUAUAGUGGUCCUUUAACCCCUUAAGGACCAAACUUCUGGAAUAAAAGGGAAUCCUGACAUGUCAUGUGUCCUUAAGGGGUUAAUACAUUUUAUACAAAAUGUUUUAUUGAUAAUACAUUAAACAUUAUUUGCAAAACAAUUAAAAUGAAAAGCACCCAAUUUACUGUUUAGUGAGUUGGGCUUUAUUUUAGGGAAAGCUGCAGCUUGCACUCCUGGGAACUGGGCUGUAAUGGUUUUGAUGCAUCUUCUUAAUUAUCGUAGCUACAACAAACAUAGUGGAACAGCCUGCAGAGAGCUUCUCCUCCUCCCUCGCCUGUUACUCAAUUGUCAUCAUACAGGGUUGUGCAUUUGGCAGUCUUCUAUGUUGAGAAUUGAUGGACAGCAGAGAGAUCAAAUAUAACUUUAUUGAAAAACCUGUACAUUUGCUAGCAAGGUAUAAAUCCAUUUUAUUUUUUUUUCUAUAUUGUUAAAAAAAAAAAACAAAAAAAAUGUGUGUAUCCCAAUAGAUGGACUUCAUAAAGUAAGAUUCUUUGAACUGGAAGCAUAGUUAAUUUAGAGAAUGUUUUCAGUGUUGCGUUUGUUUUUUGUUUUUUUACUUUAAAUUUGACAUUCACUUUAAAUUCUCACACAGUGAAUAGCCCUGCUAGUUAUUUUUGAUUCUCAAAGGUGAUUGACUUUUGUAUCUUUCUUUUACAUAUCUAAAAGAAUCCCUUCAAUCGAAUUCCUCAUGGGUUGCAGAGGUUAUGUUCAGUGCCUCUAAGAACCUAUUCAGACAAACCAUGUAAGUUUUGUAACACUUAUUCCUCUAAUAUACGUUCAUAAAAAUGUACGUUCAUAAAAAAACUGCGUAUGGGGUUGAUUAUUUUUUGUGUUAGUUUGUUUUAAAAGUUUAAGCUCUCUAAAAUGAAACUAUAGUCAAAAGAACAACUACAGUUUAUUGUAUUUGUUCUGGAGAGUUUAAUAAUUACCUUCAGGCUUUUUGCAGAAAACACUGUAUUUUCAGAGAAAAGGCAGUGUUUACAUUACAGCCUAGUGAUAACUCCACUGGUCACUCCUUAGAUGGAUACUAGAGGUACUUUCUGGUGCAGUGCUGUACAUUGUGCAUCACUGACAUUUAGUAUCUGCACCCUCUGCAUUGAGACACUGAACUUUCCUCAUCGAGAUAUAUUGAUUCAAUGCAUCUCUAUGAGGAGAUGCAGAUUGGCCAGGGCUGUGUUUGGCUUGUGAUGGCUCUGUUCCUGAUCUACCUUCUUGCUCCAAUGCUUUUCCUAUGGAAAAGCAUUGCGAUUGGUUCAGAUCAUCAUUUCUCAUGAUGUCAGCCAAGCAGGUAGAGCCAGCAGCAGCAGACUGGAAUAACAGUAAGCUUUUACUAUAUUUAGGGAGCAAACAGGGGCUAGAUAGUGUUUUUAACACUAUAGGGUCAGGAAUACAUAUUUGUUUAACCCUACAGUGUGCCUUUAAGUAAAGAGUUAAUUACAGUUUUGUAUACCAUAUGAAAAUGGUGGUGAGGUAAAACACAGGAGGCUCUAGCAAACUAUUAAAAGAGCAGGAUAUAAGAAAUUCUAUAUUAAACAGACUGUGUGAUUAUUAUUAUUAUUAUUAUUAUGAUAUUUAUAGAGCGCCAUCAAAUUCCGCAGCGCUUUACAAUGGGUGGACGAACAGACAUGUAGUUGUAACCAGACAAGUUGGACACACAGGAACAGAGGGGUUGAGGGCCCUGCUCAAUGAGCUUACAUGCUAGAGGGAGUGGGGUAAAAUGACACAAAAAGGUAAGGAUAGUAUUAGACUAGUGACAGUUGCAGAAGAGGAAUCAGUCAGGAGCUAUUAACAGUUUAAUUGAUACGCUUUUAUGAAGAAGUGGGUUUUUAACGAUUUUUUGAAGGAGUGGAGACUGGGUGAGCAUCUAAUGGAGGAGGGAAGUGAGUUCCACAGGAAAGGCGAGCAUCAGAGGUGGGAGUAUGGACAGAAGAUAGACGAAAGUCUUCAGCAGGUCGUAAGGGCCUAGACGGGACAUACUUGUGUAUAAGGGAGGAUAGAUAGGUGGGAGCAGCAAUAUGUAGAGAUUUGAAAGCAAGAACCAGAAUUUUAAAUUGAGCUAUAUAUUUUAUAGGAAGCCAAUGUAGGGACUGACAGAAGGGUGAGGCAUGGGAGGUGCUGCGGCAUUCAUUAUGGACUGUAACGGCGCAGGUUGGGAGCACGUAAGACCACUGAGAAGUGGAUUACAGUAGUCAAGGCGAGAAAGGACAGUGGAAUGGACCAAUACCUUAGUCGCAUCUGGCGUUAAGUAGGGGCGGAUGCGCGCAGUGUUUUUGAGAAGGAAAUGACCGGAUUUGGCGAUAGAUUGAACAUGAGGCUUGAAGGAGAGGUCUGAGUCAAAGAGAACACCUAGGCAGCGAGCCUGCGUGGUGGAGCUGAUGGUAGCACCGUUGACUUGGAGGGAGAAAGACACAGGAGUAACAACACUUGAGGGAGAAAAGGCCAGAAUUUCAGUUUUGGUCAAGUUUAGUUUCAGGAAGUGGGCAGCCAUCCAGUUAGAAACAGCAGAGAGGCAGUCAGAGACACUAGUCAAGAGGGACGGGGAAAUAUCAGGAGAGGACAGGUAGAUUUGCAUGUCAUCUGCAUAGAAAUGAUAUUGGAAGCCAAAGGAGCUAAUGAGUUUACCAAGGGAGGCAGUAUAGAUGGAGAACAGGGGACCAAAGACUGAACCUUGGAGGACACCAACAGAGAGGAAUUGGGGAGAAGAAGCAGAGCCAGAGAAAGAAACUCUGAAAGACCGCUGGUAGAGGUAGGAGGAGCUCCAGGAGAGAAGUUUAAACAUUAGAUCUCUAUUUACAGUAGGAGGACUUUGUAGUUCACAUAUAGAGGAGGUGUGGCUCGAACUGCUUGACGGAACACUAUAGGGUCUGAAAAAACGGUUAACAACCUUGGACGUACCUGAUACGUCUGCAGCGAAUUAGAACGCUGGAAGCGAUCAUGAUCACUUCCAGGCGCUCUGAUGGUAUUAGAUAUAGCAGCAAGUGAGAUUUUUGGCACUUGUCCCUUAUGUGUACAGCAGCUAAAACUUUCCCAGAGUCUCUUCUUCCUGGUCGUUGAUGCAAGUAAAGCGGGGGAUGUAGGGAAGCAGCGCUUAAUAAUUAGUCUUUGUGUGGAAACCAAUGCAGCCAAUAUAAGGGAAAAUACUAAAUGGGACAGGAAUACUAAUAUAGUGUAGUAUGUCUAUAACAGCAGAGGCAGAAUAUAAGGAAAAAAAAUAUAUAACACUCACACUUUUCUGGAGCUCCGGAUCAGUGUAUGGACGGUACAAUCCCCGUCUGUAGAUGUUAGGAUGGUCCUGAUGGUAUUGCAGCAUUGCCUCGAUGUCGAUAAUAGUGUUCUUGCGUAACUUUUGAAAAAAAUUGGUUUGGAAAGUGCUACUUGUACUUAUUGCCAUAUAACUUAUUUAAAAAAAAUAAAAAAAUAAAAAAGCUUAGAACAUGUUAACAUUGGGUAUUUCUAAACUCGGGACAAAAUUUAGAAACUAUUUUUCAUGGGUGUUUUUUUUGUUUUUGUUUUUUGCAGUUGUAGAUGUGUAACAGAUUUUUGGGGUCAAAGUUAGUUUUAUUUUUUUUUUUUCUCUAAAUGCAUGAUCAUUUGUGGCAUUUUACUGAAAUGUUUAUUAUUCUAUUGAUUUCUAGUGAAUUAUCAGAAGUGUAAAUGUUUUUUUUGCUGAUUUAAUGUUUUUAUUACAUCUUCUGAAGUGGAAGCGGAUAUCACAGUAAUAGGCUCUGGCCCUGGAGGUUAUGUUGCUGCUAUUAAAGCUGCCCAGCUUGGCUUCCAGGUGAGUACAUGUCAUCAUGAAGUGGUUAGCCUUCGCUUUCUGAAUUACUUGGGUAAUACAGAUGUUAUAACUCAUCUUUAUGCCUCCAAAGCUGUCCAACUAUAGACAGCAUCGAUCUCCUUACUAGUCCCCUGUCAAAUGACAGAACAAUCUCAAUACUACCUUUGACUUCCUGCUAGGUAAAUAUGAUGGAGGUUCACUUCCUUUAAUGCUAUAUUUGAAUAGACACAUGAUUUGCAAGGUAUCCUUGAAAAUCGCAUUGUCACUGAAACAUUCAAAGACAGUCAGCUCCCCUAAUAUACAUUAAGGAAGGAGCCACUGAUGAGUAGACAAAUUGAACAGUGAUUGUGCAUAUUAAAGGAAGUAGAACGGAGGAAUAUGUGAAAAAUAUACUACAUGUAUUCAUAGUUUGCAUCUUUUUAUUUUAACAUAGAAGCUAUAAUUCACAGUAUACACAUGACCACCUUGUUCCGAUUACUUAUUUUGUUAUAUUUUAACAAGGCUUGCUUCAUACUUUUUUGGAUAACUGGCAUCAAAAGUCAUUGAUAUAUGGUCUGAAUGUCUACGGCAAGGAUAACAUAAAAAAAAAAAAAAAAUGGAUAGUGAAAACUUGUGUAACUGGGUAAUACAUUAAAAUGUUACUUAUUUUUCCUUACUUUUAGACCGUUUGUGUGGAGAAGAAUGAAACCUUGGGUGGGACCUGUUUAAAUGUUGGCUGUAUUCCUUCUAAGGUAUAUGGAAAAACUGUACACAUUAGUUAUUGCUUUUGCGACCUAUGUUAAAACAGUAAUUUGUCUCUCUCUAUUCCAUUUAUUAUUUCUUUGUUUGUCUUAUCUCUCAACCAAGCUUAGUUCCACUUUCCCUUCAACAUAAAUCAAAUUAAUUCAAUGUUGUACAUUUCGUAGGUAUCAUAAUUAUACUUUUUAUAAAAACUUGCAAUUCAGGCUAUUUUUCUUCUCUCUCAGGUGAAUUGUUUUUAUCAUCAAAUGUAGUAUUACACUAUAUUAGUUAAAAGUUACGUUUUAUCUGGGUUACUCGUCUCUCAGAAGGGUUCCCCUACUAAAUGGUUCACCCUUUUGUUCCUUCUCUCUAUUCUUUAGUUUAUGUAGUAUUAAAAGUUUAACCUAAACCUUUAGACAGCUAUUUAAAGGUUAAAAAAAAAAAAGAUUCCAGUCAACUGUAAACAAGGUUGUGCUACAAGACCAAAAAUAGUGACGUUUGGAUUAUUACUAGUUAUUUAUAAAGCAAUGUAUUAUUUUGUGUUUUUAAAAAAAAUUUAUUUUAAGGUCAUGGAGCACUUCAGUGCUACCUAUUAUACUGCGGUUGUUUGUCAAUUGAGAUUAAUGGGACGCUAUAAGCAUCAAAACAAUUUUAGCUUAAUGAAGCAGCGUUGGAGCAUUGCAGUAUAACUGUUCAAUUCUCUACUACUUUGGAGCUAAAACAGUCUAUGCAGCUAUAGUCACACUCUCCCUGCAUGUAACCUACACAGUCUCUGUACACGUUUCCUGUAAAGAGAGUUCAAAUGUUUUAUUGCACAGUCUCUGUCUCAUGCUUUGGUAUUAACCUGCAUGAGCCUUGUGUGUGUGAGAUUAAAAUUCAAUUAGCAGAGCAGGAAAUAAAAAUGUCUAAAAUAAACACACUGUGCUGUCACAUCUGAUUAUUUUUAUUUUUUUUCUCAUGUUCGUUGUGUCACAACCAAGAGCUUGUGUGGCUAGGGUUGUGUAAACAUAAGCAAAUUUGAUUUAACUCUUAAAUGGCAGAGAAUUGAUCAGUGAAGCUACAAGGGCAUGAUAUAUAUCUAUAUCCAUAUCCAGACUCUGGCACUCAACUCCAAAAAAAUAUAAAUGAUAAAGACCCUGGAGGGUUGAAACGUUGAUGUAAAGGUACACUUUUUGUAAUACACUUUGGAAAAACCAAGAGAGUGCUCCUGUUUUGCUUUGUGUAUGUGUAUAUAUUUUAAAUAUGCUCCAUUAAGCUAAAGUUGUUUUGGUUCUUAAUAGUGUCGUCUUAAUGUGCUGGAUUUUAUGCACGUGUGGCUGAAAAACCUGAACUCAAUAAUUAGUGCGUGUCUCUAUAUUUUUGUUCAUAUAGUGUGUGUGCGCCUGCACUGUGAUAUGCUGUAAUUUAUAAAUAUUGAUGUUCCGUAAAAUAAAUGCUUUGUUUCCAGGCUUUGUUGAACAACUCUCACCUGUAUCAUUUAGCGCAUGGAAAAGAUUUUUCAAGUAGAGGAAUUGAAGGUAAGCUCUCUGGGUCUUUAUUCCAAACCUUUAAAUUUCACUCUUGUUUCAUAAAGAGAGGCAUGUUUAAAAUGGCCCUCCAAGCAUCCUAACCACUAAAGCUUAUAGCUGUAGUUAUGCUUAAAUGCUAUAAAUAUAGUCAGUUUUUAGGGGUUUUUUUUUGUUUGUCAAGCCUCUAUACCCAAAAGUAAAGUUCUUCAGCAUCCAAAGCCAACAUCUAAUCAUCUAAGAUUAUAAUAAUAUUUUAUCCUUCAUUGUGUUAUUCUCAGUUCUUGAGCUAGUUUAAGUUCCAUUGUGUCAUUGAGUCAAUUUCCAAAUUGCUGGCAGGUUCUCUCUGCACAGAAGACUAACCAAUCCCAAAUUAUUAUUUCAGCCGUGUUGGGUCUCAUCAGUAAAGUCUGGCUAGAACCCUAUUAGGCACUUUUUAAGCACAUUUGAAUUAACCUUUUUUUACCUAAGAAGAUGCAAAAAACUAUUUGUCUGUGGUUGCUCUAACUCUUUUACACAGAACUUGCCAGAGCUGGUUUGCAUUUCAGAUUGCAUUUUGGUAGUGAGGUCAGUCUGAGAUGCAAACAAAACAAGUUAUCCCUAUAAUGGGACAAGGGAGCUAAAACAAGUCUAAGAACCAAGUAAUGAUAAACUCAGCGGUAAUCUAUUAAAUGUUUGGUUGUUCUCUGUUUUCUCACAAACUACAUCUCUGCUAAAUUCUAAGCAUGAAUGUUUGUCACCUAUAUUUUACCAUUUGAUGUCUUAGUCAUGAAAUCUGAAUCUAUACCAUGACACCUUUUGGUAGUAUAAAACUUGGUGUUAAGCAGAUUGAUUAAAUAUGUGUUUGAUUCUCUUUAGUGACUGGCAUCAAUUUAAACCUAGAAAAGAUGAUGGAGCAGAAAAGUGGUGCAGUGAAGUCUCUUACAUCUGGUAUUGCUCAUUUAUUUAAACAGAACAAGGUCAGAUAUUUCUUUUUUGCAUGUUUUUUUUUGGCAACUUAAUAUCUGUAAUCUACUUGAAUAAAAGAAAUGCAUAUUUCCACAUAAAUUAGUUUGGUUGUUGUAGUAUCCAUGAAUUAAGGGUUGUUGUCUAUGCAUUGGGCGUUGUGUACAAGUAAUGGUAAUUUUUUUUCUGCACUAAGCGUUAUUUAUUUAUUUUGUUUGUACACAAGGACUCCAAUUUGUAAAUUUUCUUACUUUUGUAGAUAAUGCCAAAUACAAAAUGGCAGAGAACUGUAGUUCAGUAAAGUAAUGUUUAAAAUGGUGCACUUUUAAUUCUUCUUUAUUUGUAUGUUCAUAAGAAACUUACCCCUUCUUUGCCAUGUGAAUUUUAAAAUGACACUGUAGGCACCAUAAACACGUAAGGGGACACUAUAGGCACCCAGGCAACUUUGGCUCUUUGAAGUGGGCUGUCACAUAGCAGCCUUUCAAAGGGCUAUGGUCAAACUGUUUAGUUUAGAAAUUAUUAAACUGAAUUUAAAUCCUUAUCUGCCAUUCUCAUAAAUACUUAACUAAUUUUCAUUUUUAACACAGUAAAGGAGUUUAAGCAUGCGUGGGAUAGGCAUAAGGCUAUCCUAACUAUAAGAUAAGGCCAGGGACUAAUGAAAGUAUUUUAAAAAAAAUUGGGCAGACUAGAUGGGCCAUAUGGUUCUUAUCUGCCGUCACAUUCUAUGUCUAUGCAGUGUUCCUGUCUCUCUUAGUCCUGUAAUGUAAAACAUUGCAGUUUUAGAGUAAUAUCAAUGUUUACAUUGCAGUGCUAAGACUGCCUCUAGUGGCUGUCUUAUAAGACAGCCACUAGAGAUGCUUCCGGGAUCUUUUGGUUGCCUGAUGCUGGACGUCUUUACGCUCUGCAUAAGGAAAUCCAACUUUGGGGAGAUCCCCAUAGGAAAGCAUUGAACCCUUUCCUAUAGGGAGGGUCUAAUGUACUCGCUGUGCAUGAGCAUUAGGUCCCCACGUCGGAGGAGAUGUAGUUCUGACCCAUCUACAGUGGCCUUGGCAUGUGGGCAAGAAUACUUUCUUGAGUAUCUUCCGGGACUGAAAAAUUAAUCGAUUUGCCCUUUUAUAUAAUUUUAUAUAGCUUAGAUUACUUCCAGAUGUCUUAGUUCUUGCUCUGUCAGUCCUCCCAGAUUCCAAAAUGUUAUGGUUUUGGAAUCUGUGUUUGUAAAGUCCUUGUUUUAAUAUUGGUUUCAUUUCACAUCUACUUUUAAAUGAGGUGUGAACAUGACUUCUGGUGUCCAUGUUGCAUUACAAUUUGAAAUAGUAAUGAUCCAUAGUUCUAGUGAUGUGUUCAAUAUAUGACAAGAAUGAAGGAAUUGAUUGGGUAAAAGAGGAAACAGAGCACCUGUAGAGUUAUGUAAAUGUUUUCCAUUUCAUUUUUACUUUGCACAGACUAUGUGUAAGGAAUAACCAAAAGAUACAUUGCUAGUAGACUAUCAAAUAAAAUUAGUCUAUCUGCACUCCCCUGUGACUGCCUUUAAACGCAUCUCAAUAUUUUAGUGCUAAAACAGAGUCCCCAGCAGCCCAUCCUCUCUUUGCUGCUCGAGUUGCUGAGGAAGUAUUAGCCUGAGCAGCUAUGAUUGAAAACACUGAAUGGAGAAACAGUGCCAGGGACUCCAAGUACUAUAACCAAUGUAAUUGUUAUAGUGCCUACAGUGUCCCUUUUGCGAAGAUAAAUGCAUAAUUGGAAGGACUUUAAAGUGGUCUUGACAGAACUCUAGAUAUCAGAAAAGUGUUUGGGGUUUUUGGUUUUUUUUAUUUUUUUUUUAGAUGUUACGUUUGUGGCAACUCUUGCCAUGCAUUUUUAUUUUACUACAAUUUCACCCUUUCUGUUUAAGUGCACCCGUACAUAUUCAAUGCCAAACUAAGGAAGAGGCUAUUUUCUCAGCUUUGUGUGGAUUUGGCAGUGCUAGUGUAAAUCUGCAGUUGAAGGUCAUAAGGUUUGAUGAAUUUAACCCAUUGUCUUGCAUAUUCUUAUGUAUUUCUGAUUUUGUUUUAUUUGGCAUUCUGGAUAAAAAAAAAAACUGCCUAUUUCCUCACAGGUAGUCCAUGUUCAAGGUUUAGGAAGAAUCACAGGCAAAAACCAAGUAACCGCAACCAAAGCCGAUGGCACUUCCCAAGUUAUCAACUCUAAGAACAUUCUUGUAGCUACAGGUUCUGAGGUGGCGCCAUUCCCAGGAAUAGAGGUAAAUUGCAAUUUGAGAAUCUAAUAUUUCUUUUACAUUUUAAAAAUAAUUACUUGAAUGCUGCAGCUUUUGUUUCUUAAGGUACACUAUAAGCACUUUAACCAUUUCAUUUGAUUGCAUUGGUUAUGGUGCCUGCAUUCCUCUGGCAAUUUUCAAGUGCCAGAGGAAUGCAGUUCCUAUUUUCAAGUGCUGUAUGCAGGUUUCUGGCAACUCACAGCUCGGACCCCACUUUUGGUAUGGCUAAAGUAGAGACUCCACACUUCCUACUUCCAUACCAAUUUAUACUAGCAAUGGGCAGAUAUAAGGUACAUAGAAAUCUAGAUUUGAAAAAAAGGACUUGAGUCCUUAAAUUCAACCUUUAAAAUACAUCUUUUUAUGUUUUUGCAAAAGAAGGCCAAAAAAAAAAAAAUAUCUACAUUUGUUGCCUAUUUUGUAAUCUAACAUUUUUUUCGUUUAAUGUUAUUCCUAAUUCAACCCCAUUUAAUGUAUAAGUUGCUUGUGGGUUCCUAAUUAAAAAUGCAUGACCUUGCAUAUAUUUGUAUUAGAUCUGAUCUGCCACUUGUCUGCCCAGUCCCUCAAUUUAUAGAGAUGCUAUAUCCUGUUCAGACUGUAUUCUCUUAACUAGUUUUGUCCUAUCUGUAAAUAUAGACGCAUGACCUUAAAUUUCUUAUUCAAGAUAAUUUAUAAACAGAUUAAAGAGAAGUCAAGACAGAACCUUGAGACACUCCACAUACCACUUUUGCCCAAUUUAAAAGAUUUUCAUUGACAACGUAAUAAUGUUCCACCUAAGAACAUGGUCGGUAAUCUUAACUAGCUGAUUUCCACUUUAUCAGUUAAAAAAAUAAAAUAAAAAAUCAUGUAAAUAUAAAAUGCUUUAGCAAAAUCCAAGAAGAUCACAUCCAUGGAAACACCCUGAUGUAUAUUUCUAUGGUUUUCCUCAUAUAACACAAUUAGAUUAGUUUAUCUUACUCUCUCUUCCAUGAAAGUAUGUUUAUCCCUAUUAAUGAUAUUGUUGUUUAAAAUUUAUUGAAUGUUAUCCCUUAACAGCCCUUCAAACAUUUUCACAGACAUAGAUAUAUAACUCCCAGGUCUGUAUUUUCCAGUUUGCACUUUUGAACCUUUUGUAAAUAUAGACUCCACAAUUGCUUUUCUCCAAUCCUCUAGCAUGAUUUCUGAAAUAUUUUUAAAACCGUGGAAUAGACAUUUCUACACUAAGCUCCCUAAGUAUACAUGGGUGAAUACCAUCUGGCUCUGGGGGUUUGGUUACAUUAACUUAUUUAAAUGCUGUAGCCCUUUAUUCCUAACCAACCACCUGUUUGCUUUAGGGCUUUUGUAACCUGGACUCCAAAUAAACAGUGAUAGAUUGAAAGUAAAAUGCUGACACACUCAGACAAUUAAUCCUGCCAAUUGCUGCUCAUUCUAAUGCUUUCUCAUUAGCCCGAGUAGCACAGAGGGGCUGGGCUGGGCUACUGGUGACUCAUGUUCGGCAUUAAUCCAUUAAAACGGUUUAAUGCAGAAAAGGACACUGCAAUGGGACUCCAGAAACUAUAACCUCAUUAGGUGGAGUGCUGAUAGUGUCCCUUUAGGCAUACGAUUUAUUCUGCAGGUUUUUCUAUGUAUACUAUGCCCUACUAAUGCAGGCUUAGUUGUUGAACGCUACAUGAUUAAUGUUUUGUGCAUUUAUAAUCUUAAUCGUAAAUCAUAUUUGGACAGGUAUUGGGUGUUAAAAAGACCCUCUAAACACCUAUAAAACUGCUAGCGCUGGCUAGGGAGCAUAGAAGUUGAGAGACUAGCGUUACUCAGUUCAGACGCCAGCAAUGCAGGCAGUGAGGCCAGCAUGUGAGGCGUGAGGUUUACAAUGCUUGAGGAAGAAUUUCCAUGCAGAGUAAAUCAAAUAAGAGCAGAGGAGGAGCCAAAGGUGGGUGUAACAUGAAGACUAAUGCAAACAAUAAUGAGGAAAUGGCAGCACUGGAUCGAGGUAUCGUGAGUAAAUCUCAGUAUUUUGCAUUGAAUACAUCAUGUAUCUCUAUAAUAUUUGAUUUAAUAAAAACUGAGCUCCUUGUCUUUCUUCAUCCUAAUACUGAUCCUCCUCUUUCACUCUCCCUUCAAGUUAGUAGUAUCCACAUCAGUUCAUCCUUGCAAGCGCGCUGUCUUGGUGUCAUACUUGAUUCUGGCCUCACAUUUGAGCCUCACAUCCAGCAUGUUACCAAGUCCUGUAGAUUCCAUCUUAAAAACCUAGCUCGCAUCCGCCCCUUUCUUACAAAAGAUGCUACCAAGGAGCUUGUCCGUGCUCUAGUAAUUUCCCGCAUGGAUUAUUGUAACCCUCUCCUAAUUUAUCUUCCCAAAAAACGUAUUGCCCCACGACAGUCUGUAAUAAAUGCUGCUGCCAGACUGAUUCUCCUCUCUAGUCUCUCCUCUCUAGUCGGUCCUCUCACAGCUCACCCCUCUAUCAGUCCUUACAUUGGCUUCCUGUAUCCCCAGAGCCAGAUGGUAUUCACCCAUGUAUUUAAAGUGCUAACCCAUACCUAUAAAGCAUUGACCAAUUCUAGCCCCGCUUAUAUCUCUUCACAGAUCCAUAGGUAUGCCCCUUCUCGGUCUCUCUGCUCUGCCCGUUACCUUUUCCUGUCCACUGCUCGCACGUGUAUGGCCAACUUACGCUUGCAGGACUUCUCGCAGGCGGCUCCCUUCCUAUGAAAUAGCCUGACUACCGCCAUCAGACUCUCGCCUAGUCUUCAAUCGUUGAAGAAGUGCCUUAAAACCCAUCAUGUUAGGAAAGCUUAUGGCCUCCCAGAGUAACCUCUACCAUGCAUAACUGUCUCUCUUGCUCUCUCCUCCAUCUCUGCUUCACUCCCACCUUAUUUGAUUGCUAUUUCCUUUCCUGUUGUGUUUUACAUCCAACCUCCCAUAGACUGUAAGAUCCUUUGAGCAUGGUCUUCUUCAGCCUUUUGUUUCUGUAAGUUUUCUUGUAAUUGCUCAUUUUUUAUUUUAAGAUGACAUUGUGAUUUCUGUCUUAUUACGUAAUGGAUUACAGAUCGAUGAAGAGACCAUUGUGUCAUCAACUGGUGCUCUGUCUCUGAAGAAAGUCCCCGAGAAGAUGGUGGUGAUUGGUGCUGGUGUAAUAGGAGUGGAAUUGGUAAGCAUCCAUCUCUCCUGAAAAUGAUGAUGCUUAAUGUACAUUUAUAUAUUGCACAUCUUUCAAAUGUAUUUCAUUGUUAUGUUGACAGUCCUGGCACUUUGCUUGUUUAUCUAGUAUCAAUUAACAAUCACUUGUUUCUGUUACAUUUGUUUAUUUCUGUUUCAGUUUUAGAUAAAAUAUUUAUUUUGAUUAGUUGGUGAGAAACAAGCUAGAUAGCCAUUAGUCUGGAUGAACAUGGUAGAAAUUAAGUGUUAUGUACCAGAACCAACUUUUAAACAGUUUUUCACAGAGACACUCUGUAAAAUACUGGAAGUAAUGCAAACCUUUUUUUAUUUUCCCCAUUUGAUUUUGCCAUGAAUUGUGUGAUCUUUGAUUUUUUUUUUUUCUCUGAAUACAUUUUUUUUUUCCUUUUUAUAAAGAAAUGAUAUGGAGUAUUGGUUUAAUGCAAUUAACUCCGUAUUGACAUCUAAUUCACAGGGCUCUGUAUGGCAACGCUUAGGAGCAGAUGUUACAGCAGUUGAAUUUUUGGGUCAUGUUGGUGGUGUUGGCAUUGACAUGGAAAUCUCAAAAAAUUUCCACCGUAUCCUUCAAAAACAGGGUCUGAAGUUUAAGCUGAACACAAAGGUCACUGGUGCUACAAAGAGGCAGGAUGGAAAAAUUGAUGUUUCGUAAGUAUGAGUUUAAUCUUGCGUGGUCUAAGUGAGAUUUAUAAUAUUCAGUUAGUGCAAGUGGGGGGGUUUUGUUCUCCCUUUUUUUUUUCAGACUAGCAGCUUGUCUGCUGCUAUCACCAUCUGUUUCAAUGAAAUCUUCAACAAACUACCUGAAACAGGGUACUGGGUACAGCUUCAAGUGAUUAAGCUCUCCUGCAGUGAGUAUAGCUGAUCCACCCAAACACUAGCCCAGACUGAGUGAAGGAACUGCUUUAUUAUGGUCAAGUUGCCUGUUUAUAUAAAUAACCCCUAUCAUGAGGUCUCCACACAAUAUAAUGCUAGCCCCUCCUGGGAGAUAAUUGAGUUUAAGACCGGUAAGCUAAUUAUCUCCCAGGAACAAAGAGGCUAAAACAUAAAAAUACCCCAAAACAUCAUUACAAUAUACAGUAACCCCACAUACCAAAUAGCCCUGAUCUGAGCGCCAAAGUUCUCAAAAUAGUGCUCAGAUCAAUGCAUCGUAGGGGAAACAUCACAGUGUUUAAAAGUCUGACCGGCCGCACACAAGGUCCUAUGCCUAAAACAGUCUUUAAAGUAGGUGAUGGUUCCUAUGUUAGGUACUGAAGGCAUCUCAUGCUAUAUGUAAAAAGCCACUAUGGUUAAUGUAUGCCUUACUUAUUCGAAGCAUUAUAACCACUGCGGCCUGCUAUAGUGGCUAUGAUGCUUUGAGUACCCUGCACUAUUCCCUGGUAAUAGGGAAAACCAUUUAGCAACAGUUUGCCUUUUUACCUGGGUCCCACUGGUCCUUCUAAAGUAGGCUGAACAACAUCCGGCUUCGACAGAGCUGCAAAAGCCAGCACCCUCGGCAAAUGAAUGAUCACAGAACAUAUACUCUUGCUUUGUGCUGUUUAAUGAUGAGUCUUUGCUGAGGAAAAAAAUGUGAGGGCCUGUAGAGGUUGCAAAUCUUUUUCUUAAAUAUGCAAACAAUGACUAAUGCAUAAAUGAGUGUAUUUUUGCAUUAAUGAGGUUGUAUCUACUAAAUAGCUAUUUUUAUUUUUUUUAAUUUAUUCAUCCAUUUCCAGUGUGGCAUGUUCUUGGGGUUUUUUUGGUGGGGGGGUUUUGUUCUCCCUUUUUUCAGACUAGCAGCUUGUCUGCUGCUAUCACCAUCUGUUCCAAUGAAAUCUUCAACAAACUACCACUUCCAGUUUUUGUUUUCUCUGUUGGACAAAAGCUUGAGUAAUUCUCUGCCCUCAAAAGUUUAAAGGGGCACUAUGGGCACCCAGACCAUUUCAGCUCAUUGAAGUGGUCUAGAUGCAGUGUCCCUGUCCCCUUAACGCUGCAAUGGUGAUUAUUGCAAUUCCUGAGCCUAAUGCACUCUCAGCGUUCACCGUGCAUGUGACUCAUGCUAACGGUUUUGGAUUCCUAGCACUAUACUGUGGCGGACUGCCUGGCACCCCGACUGGGUACCUCAGUUAAGCUCGGUAGCUCUCCUCCGGGACACAGGAGUGCUUAAAUGCCUAGCCACUGCAGUUUUGCUGGGGUCUCAAGGUUGCUUCGCGCCCUGAAACAGGGUACUGGGUACAGCUUCAAGUGAUUAAGCUCUCCUGCAGUGAGUAUAGCUGAUCCACCCAAACACUAGCCCAGACUGAGUGAAGGAACUGCUUUAUUAUGGUCAAGUUGCCUGUUUAUAUAAAUAACCCCCAUCAUGAGGUCUCCACACAAUAUAAUGCUAGCCCCUCCUGGGAGAUAAUUGAGUUUAAGACCGGUAAGCUAACUAUCUCCCAGGAACAAAGAGGCUAAAACAUAAAAAUACCCCAAAACAUCAUAACAAUAUACAGUAACCCCACAUAUCCCCACAUACCAAAUAGCCCUGAUCUGAGCGCCAAAGUUCUCAAAAUAGUGCUCAGAUCAAUGCAUCGUAGGGGAAACAUCACAGUGUUAAAAUUCUGACCGGCCGCACACAAGGUCCUAUGCCUAAAAUAGUUCCAGGGCGACUUUCGGGAGCUCCUGCUGCCGCAAUAGGUUGUUCUCCGCCUAGCUCUCAGGUAGCAUUUGUUCCCCUUAGUCUCAGACACCUUCCCUCCAAAAAGCGCUCUCCUGACGGGUUGCAAAGUGGUACAAAACCCAGGACCAAGGUGUCCGGGAACCGCACAGUCACCUCAUGCCAAAAACAGUUCCAUAACAUUUGCAGCUAAGUACCGCUGAGGUGACCGGGACCCCUGAAGUCCUGAUGCCGAACUUGGUUCCAUAGUGGUCACUGCUAAGUACCGCUGAGGGCCAUUUGUGGAUUCAUGCGAAUGGCAGCCAGGGAACUAGCGUUCGGUUGUAUUCGAAUAAAGGAAAAGUGCGGAACCAUGGUGUAACGGACCGUUUUGCCCACAAGCGGUUAAAAACCGUUUAGGCGAUCUUCCCCUUUCAGAUGCACAGACAGCUACUGCAGUCACCACUCUCCCGAACUGCAAACACACGAAUUCUGGAAACAGCAGAAUAGGAAAAACCAUGCGGAUAGGUUUACACUCCUAGCAGUCAAACUGGAACAGCAUACAAUAAAUCCUCCCCCAAUAAUGAGACGACACUUCACUUUGAGGGUUAAGCAGGAACUCUGUUGUAAUGGCCACACACUGGCUUUUAUGCAAGUCCCCAUGCAAGGGAACAUCCCACAGGGUGGGACACAGUACAACCAGUCGUUUACAGGAGAACCAUUGUAACGGACCGUUUUGCCCAAAAGAGGUUAGAAACCGUUUAGGCGAUAUUCCCCUUUUUCAGCUGCACCGACAGCUACUGCAAGCGCCAAUCUCCUGAACUGCAAACCCACGAAUUCACUUACUCCCGAACUGCAUACCAAGGGAAUACUCGAAACUCCCGAACUGGAGACACACGAAUAGCUUCUAGCAGACGAACGGGAAAAGCCCCAAAGCGGCUUACACUCCUGGCAAUCAGUCUCUAACAGCAUACAGUAAAUCCUCCCCCAAUAAUGAGACUACACUUCACUUUGAGGGUUAAGCAGGAACUCAUUUACUGGGGCUAACUGCCCGGCUUUUAUGCAGGUCUCUCACCUGGUGGACAAUCCCCUAGGGGACCAAAUGGGAGACUGGGACACAAAGGGUAAAAGGACCAAUCACAGAUUUACACAUUUCAACCAUCCCACAAUGCAUCACAAUCCCUCCUCUCUGCUCUGGUGAUAAUUGAGAAGUAAUUCAAUUAUCUCCAAAGACAGAGGCAAAACUCCAUUAACCACAUGGCAGAAAACAAACAGAAAAAGACAUAAAAUUACCUACAGUUACAUUCAGUACAUAAAACAUAUAUGUUCUACAUAUCCCCAGAUAGCUCAGGUCUGAGCGCACAUUAUUAAGCGAAUGGCGCUCAGACCACACGAAUACAGUUUAAUCACCAUGGAGCCAAAGUCUUUACACAGUCAGUUUCAUGCGAAUGGGCUCCAUGGGAUUCCUAUCUGGGGUACAACACACUCAAACAAAACUACCGAACACCGGGCCAUUCGUGCACUUUCACCGAACAAGAAGGGAGUUCAGCGGUGUUCACGCAAAACUGUGUCCGAUUUCAGUUCCAUGAAUUAAUCGUCGAACACCGCUGGCCGCGACCUCGUGUUCGUGAUACGAAUGGCGGCCACCCAGCAUUCGUCAAUUAAGCUGCGGUUAACCGCAGCUUCAGGGAGGUUAAUUGCCGGCACACUCCAGCUCCCAGGUGGUCUAUUCAUUCGUGCGGUUGUUCGGUAGAUUGAAUCUACCGAACACCUGGAAGAAAAGCACGAAUAAGUCUUUUCUGCAGGGAAAAAGAUGUCUUUUAACAUGGGGUCAUAGUCCAAAGGCAGCAGGCGAGCAACCAGGCUUCUCCAGUGUACAGUGGCGAGGUUGGUUUCGCCACAACCAUAAAACACACCCACAUUUACAUCACAAUCCCUCCUCUCUGUCCUGGAGAUAAUUGUGAAGUAAUCCAAUUAUCUCCCAGGACAGAGGCAAGACUCUAUUAACCACAUGGCAGUAACAAUACAAUAAAAUACAUAAAAUUACAUACAGUUACAUUUAUUCCAUAAAACAUAGACAUUCUACAUAUCCCCAGAUAGCUUAGAUCUGAGUGCACAUUACUACCGAAUGGCGCUCAGAUCACAUAAAUACAGUUCAAUCGCCAUGGAGCCAAAGUCUUUCAAACAGUCUUUCAGCAUACGGCUGGGCUCCAUGGCAUAGCUAUCUGGGGUAGCAUGGCUUUAACAGUCCGCAGAAAGGCACGAAUAAACCUUUCUGCAGGUAAAAUAAAAGUUUAAAAUGCAGGACCAUAGUCUAAAGGGAGCAGGCGAGCAACCAGGCCUCUCCAGUGGACAGUGGCGAGGUUGGUUCCGCCACACAGGGGCACCCUGGGAAAGCUGCUAAUGGGUGCUGGGAUGGGUGACUCCUGAAUGGGGUCUCAGACCUGGACCAUAGUCGGUAGGCAGGAGGCCAGCUUCCACACUCCUCCAGGAGUUCGUGGCAAACGUCAUAGGAAGACCAUUUGUCACAUAUACUAUCCCUUUAAUUGAGCUUGUGACCUGAUAAUUAGGAAAUCUGUCCUAAUGUCUUGUCAGAUUACCCUUGCUAAGCAAGGCAAUGCAUUGAAGAGAAAUAUGCAUAUACAUUUACAUAAUAAUAUGCACAGGCUAUAAUGCAUUUAAUAUUUUAUUUAUAAAUUCUUUAUUUUUUUGUGCAUAGAUGAUGCAGGUAACAUUUUAGCUGGCGAUGCCACAACAGCUAUCGCCAGAGUUUCAAUAGACAAAUAAAAACAAUUGCAUGGCAUGAGUAACUGUGCACAUUUUUAAAAGUAAGAUGAGUAGACAGUAGUGUGGUGGAAAUCAUAGCGUUUUGUGUAAGAGGCUAUAAAGCGUAAAAACGGACUAUGCUAUUAAAGAUAUCGAGAGAUUAACAGACGCUUCAGAGUGAGUGAAUGGAUAAGUGUCCCUGGGUUUACAAAUGCUAAAAAAUUAGAUAAUGAAGCCCUAUCUCAUCCAGUGGUGCGUCCCCUUGAUGAAUACAUAGCUCAGCCUAUGCCCUCCGCUGAGUGCCUAAUGGCCGUGCAGGACAAAGCCUCGGGUCCCAUGUGUUUGGGAAGGCGAGACUCUCUUUCUGUGUUCAUCACAAGGAGUCCACAGCUUGCUGUAAGUGAGAGUUGUUCGCCCCGCUGAGUUGCGUAGAGGGGUUCUUCUCUGAGGGAGCCUUGGUCCCCAUGAGUUGCAGGUCGCUUUUGAUCCAAGCCGUCUGGGUCUUUUGUGAUGCCUCCGUUUCCUCCCCAGCCGCGCUAUGUUGUGCUUGAGCUCUGCCUAGCUUGGUGUUUUGUCAAUCCGUGAGAAGUCCUGUUGGGUCUGUCAAAGGCCUUUGCGAUGCCAUCCUCCUGUAUGGCCCAAGUCGUGGGAGUUUGGAGUGAACUGGGCAUAGGGUCGGUGGCCAUCUUGGCUUUCGAUAGAAAGGAUUCCAGCUCUGCAGGAGCCGGGGGCAAGGAAAGCAGCCGCCUCCUGCAGGCUGUAGUUUUGCUCUGGCAUGGAUUUUCUGAUCGUCAGCAGAGUAGCUGCAAGCACAGUGUCUCCAGACCGCUCACGAGUGUCUUGUAGUGUCAUAAAAUGGUUUGCGGUUGGUUUUGGCUUGUGAUUCAGGCAGAAUACUGGUGUUAGGCCCGGUACUCGGGCAGCAUGAGGACCAUCCAGUUCAGCAGUCAGACUCCCUCCAACCAUUUAAUAUUUUAUAUUGAAUAAAUUAAACAAAAAUACAUUUUCCUUUUAAAAUGUAACUGUCAUGGUACACACAACUUGGUCUUCAAUUAAAUAGCAUUAUAUUUAAUGUACUACAGUCCUGGCAAAUGUAUAGAUUAUUAUUUAAUGCCUUUAAAUGUGUUGGUCCCUCUCCUCCUGUCAAUCAAAUCAUGGUCAUUAGAACUGUGUGCCAGUGUAUCCAGGUUCUAAUUGCAAGAAUUGUGAGAGAAGGAGCAAGAGGCUCUCUACCCACUGUCACUCCCUCACGUUUGCUGGGUGAGUAUAGAAUGUAGUGAAGCCAGCAUGCUGGUGUUGGCACUGUGGAUUGCCUUGCUUGGGGAAGUAUCCUCAAGGAGGACCGAUCUUAGAGAAUCUGAGGGUGGGUGUCACAGCAUUAGAACACCCAAGGACAUCCAAGAAUUACGCACUGGUGUGUGAGGCUGCAGAUAAGUAAUCCUAUAACUGUUCCAAAAGCUACUAAUUAUAUAUUUUAUUUUUAAGUUAACCUGAAGUGCCAGGUUCAGCUUAAGUGGUAUUGGAAGGGUUAGCACUUAGAGCUAGAUGGAAUAUGGAGAACUAAAUAAUACGCUUUAGAGUGACAAGUUCUGAUUUAUUUGCACACUGUUUUCUAAGCUUCUGCAAUUUGUGUUCAACAGUAUUGAAGCAGCUGCUGGUGGUAAAGCAGAAGUAAUCACUUGUGAUGUUUUACUUGUGUGCAUUGGCCGCCGUCCCUACACUCAAAAUCUUGGCUUGCAAGAACUUGGUAUUGAACUGGACAACAAAGGCAGAAUUCCAAUCAACACAAGAUUUCAGACAAAAAUCCCAAAGUAAGUAGUAUGUUCUUGUUUUCUAAACCAGUUUACCUGCGAUCCCAUGCCAAGUUCUUCCUGCAGCCCAGUCCAUCUUCAAUGACAUCUCUCUUCCUCAUUGCAUGAGGAAGGGCAGUCUGAAUUUUAAUUUUGGAUGGAAGGGAGGGUUUCCUGAACUGCCAUUGUGUAUCCAAACCAAAUCUAUGCACUAAACUGAGAUUAGCAGCCCAGAUACCCUGUUUUGGGCUGCAAAUAAUGCUACUGUAAGUGGAGCUGCACCUACAGGAGCAAAGUUCUCUAUCUGGAUAUGUGCAGCUUUUCACAUUUCAGACUACAAGCACUUUGCCCCCUUCAAAUUACUGAAGUUGCCACAUUACUUAGAAUAACCCUUUAAAAGUAUGUUCCUGACAGUGUAAGUUGUUUUGUCAAACCACAAUCAGAAGUGGAUAAAACUUAAAUUGUCUGCAUAUGCAUGAACUGGGUAAUGGGCUCAACAGUUUUUGAAUAGUUGUUUGUAGUAAAUUCCUUCCCAUGAUUCCCCUGGUCCUCAAAAUUGUGUUAUUCACUACAAAAAAAAGGGUAUUUUUUUCUGAUCUACACUGCUCAAAAAAAUAAAGGGAACACAAUAAUAACACAUCCAAGAUCAGAAUGAAUUAAAUAUUCUUCUGAAAUACUAUGUUCUUUACAUAGUUGAAUGUGCUGACAACAAAAUCACACAAAAAUUAAAAAAUGGAAAUCAAAUUUUUCAACCCAUGGAGGUCUGGAUUUGGAGUCCCACUCAAAAUUAAAGUGGAAAAACACACUACAGGCUGAUCCAACUUUGAUGUAAUGUCCUUAAAACAAAUUAAAAAUGAGGCUCAGUAGUGUGUGUGUGGCCUCCACGUGCCUGUAUGACCUCCCUACAACGCCUGUGCAUGCUCCUGAUGAGGUGGCGGAUGGUCUCCUGAGGGAUCUUCUCCCAUACCUGGACUAAAGCAUCUGCCAACUCCUGGACAGUCUGUGGUGCAACGUGACGUUGGUGGAUGGAGCGAGACAUGAUGUUCCAGAUGUGCUCAAUUGGAUUCAGGUCUGGGGAACGGGUGGGCCAGUCCAUAGCAUCAAUGCCUUCAUCUUGCAGGAACUGCUGACACACUCCAGCUACAUGAGGUCUAGCAUUGUCUUGCAUUAGGAGGAACCCAGGGCCAACCGCAACAGCAUAUGUUCUCACAAGGGAAGAUCUCAUCUCGGUACCUAAUGGCAGUCAGGCUACUUCUGGCGAACACAUGGAGGGCUGUGCGGCCCCCCAAAGAAAUGCCACCCCACACCAUUACUGACCCACUGCCAAACCGGUCAUGCUGGAGGAAAUUGCAGGCAGCAGAACGUUCUCCAUGGCGUCUUCAGACUGUCACGUGCUCAGUGUGAACCUGCUUUCAUCUGUGAAGAGCACAGGGCACCAGUGGCAAAUUUGCCAAUCUUGGUGUUAUCUGGCAAAUGCCAAACAUCCUGCACGGUGUUGGGCCUUCAUACCACCCUCAUGCAGUCUGUUUCUGACCGUUUGAGCAGACACAUGCACCUUUGUGGCCUGCUGGAGGUCAUUUUGCUGGGCUCUGGCAGUGCUCCUCCUGUUCCUCCUUGCACAAAGGCGGCGGUAGCGGUCCUGCUGCUGGGUUGUUGCCCUCUUACGGCCUCCUCCACGUCUCCUGAUGUACUGGCCUGAUUCCUGGUAGCGCCUCCAUGCUCUGGACACUACGCUGACAGACACAGCAAACCUUCCUACCACAGCUCGCAUUGAUGUGCCAUCCUGGAUGAGCUGAACUACCUGAGCCACUUGUGUGGGUUGUAGACUCUGUCUCGUGCUACCACUUGAGUAAAAGCACCGCCAGCAUUCAAAAGUGACCAAAACAUCAGCCAGGAAGCAUAGGAACUGAGAAGUGGUCUGUGGUCACCACCUUUAUUGGGGGUGUCUUGCUAAUUGCCUAUAAUUUCCACCUGUUGUCUAUCCCAUUUGCACAACACCAUGUGAAAUUGAUUGUCACUCAGUGUUGCUUCCUAAGUGGACAGUUUGAUUUCACAGAAGUGUGAUUGACUUGGAGUUACAUUGUGUUGUUUAAGUGUUCCCUUUAUUUUUUUGAGCAGUGUAGUUUGGUAUCUGUGUGUCCAUUUGCCACUAGAAUGUUUUAGUGGGAGCUGCGUCUGCUUAAUAUUCUUUAGAAUUUCUUGAGUAAUGUCUUUUAUGCCAAAAAGUUGUUUUCUUGAAGCCAGUGAUUGAGAACAUUUUCGGAAGUUCUCAGCCUAUCACCAGAACCCAUGGAAAAGCUUCUGGAUUGAGGUUGGAGCUGGAGGAAUAUGCAGAUGGGUGAGGACGACGAGUGCCGUCAAGCAUUUGGGAGUUAAAAAAAAAAAAAAAAGGUUCCCAAGACCUCCAUAUCCAUAACAGCUUUGUUGAGAUAGUCGUUCUGGUGCAUGUAGUGUACCUUUAAGGGAAAAUAACUGUAACAGAAUGUUGUUUUUCUAUUUUUUAGUGAACUGCAUUUAUUUUUGAACGUAUUGAGCUAUAAUACGUUUCUUAUGCUAUAUACAAUCAGAUUAAUUUAUGUUUUGUGAAGUUACCUUCUAGUUGCCGUAAUAUGUAUAUUUAAUAAUCGAUUCAGUGUUUUUUUUAAAAGCAUCACUUCACACAAAGCAUCACUGUAUUCUCUGUUUUAAUUUAUUAGCAUCCAUGCCAUUGGUGAUGUAGUGGCUGGACCAAUGUUGGCUCACAAAGCAGAAGAUGAAGGUAUUAUUUGCGUAGAAGGGAUGGCUGGAGGUGCAGUUCACAUAGACUAUAACUGUGUACCCUCUGUAAUAUAUACGCAUCCAGAGGUGGCUUGGAUUGGCCGGUCAGAGGAGCAGUUGAAAGAAGAGGUAUGUUUAAUUACAAAGGCAAUAUAUAACCGGUUAUUGUUUUGUUUGUGUGUGAGACUUUUUUGUUUUGUUUUCUUUUGUUUAGUUUUUCUAUUCUUUUACACUGACAUUUAUAAAUAUGCAUUUUAACCCCUUAUUGACUGCAGGCAGUUGUAAAAGUUGUGAUCAAAACAAAGCGUAAGCAAAACUUAGAAUUUACGCUAUAUGUUUGUUCAAACAGAAUUCACCUCUUUCAUAUUCAAUGCACCCACACCUAUUAUAUAUAAUUUUCUUCAGGAGAAACAGGGCUUUCAUUUCAUAUCAAAUAUUUAUGUAUAAAACUUAAUUUAAUAUGAAUAAAAUAUAGAAAAAAGUGCGAAAUUCAGAUAUUUUGUUAUUUUCUUUAGUUCUGCAUGGCAUUUUAACUGUGGAUGUCAUAAUACUGUUAGCUGUUACUGCAAUAAAGUACACAUAUUUGUAUUCAGCAAUGUCUCACGAGUAAAACCGUACCCCCGUGUAUAGGUUUUAUGGUGUUUUGGAAAGUUACAGGGUCAAAUAUAGCAUGUUACAUUUUUCACUUUUUUCAAACACUGGCCAAAGUUAGCGUUCAUAUUUGUUUGUGUGUGGAAAAUGCAUAUAUAUCCUCAUCAUGAUCACAUGGCCCGGGAGGGCUGGAUCAGCUGCAGGGGGACUGCAGGCAAGUCCCAUCACCCCCCUCCCCCCCCAUCGCGGUUGCUGGCGGGGGAUCGCCAGCGAUCAGGUCAUUAGGAAGGACGGCGUUUAGGACCGUCUCCAAGGACACCUGCCCUCCUUAAGGGGUUAAACAAAGUAUUGUUAUUAGGAAGGACGGCAUUUAGGACCGUCUCCAAGGACACCUGCCCUCCUUAAGGGGUUAAACAGAGUAUUGUCAUUAGGAAGGACGGCGUUUAGGACCGUCUCCAAGUACACCUGCCCUCCUUAAGGGGUUAAACAGAGUAUUGUCAUUAGGAAGGACGGCGUUUAGGACCGUCUCCAAGGACACCUGCCCUACUUAAGGGGUUAAACAGAGUAUUGUAUUUGUUUUGGUGUGUAGUUUGUUUCAUCCAUUUUCCAUCAUCAUGCUGUUUUCAAAAUUUAAAGGGGUGCUCCAAGCACCAUAACCACUGCAGCAAUAUGUAGUGAUUAUGGUGCUUGGAGUGACCUGGCGAUCUUCCUUGGUAAGUAGUUUUAGAAUGGUUUUUCUUCUUACCUGCAGUCUACCGGGUACCUCUCUCCUUCUCCGCUACCAAUGCCAGAGAGUAGGAAGCUCAUAAACUGAUCGGUUUCAACAAGUGAGUAUGGACAGGGCUUAGUUCCAGAGAGCUUAUGAAAAUUUCUGAUUGGGAGCUUCCAGCUCUCCAGCAUUGGUAGUGGGGGUGAGAUAUAGCACCCUACAUACCAUAGGUUAGAAGUCAAAACAUUUUAAAACUGUGGAAGUGCACAGAGGCACUCCUGGCAAAAUAACCACUACAGCGAGGUUGGAGUGUUACUUUAUUUGUUAAUCUAUAAUUUCAUGCUUGCCGGUGUGCAAAGCACACAAUGCGUAAUUUUUAUCCCUAUUCAUAAAUCAGAAAUAUGCAACUGUAAAAACGAUUUAUUGAAUACGAAUGGAAAACCUCAAUUAUGAGUUCCUAGUUAAUUUAAUUUUAGUAAAAAAAUAUUGUAUAUUUUAUCUUGGUAUAAAACCAAAAGUAAUAGAUAUGGACCAUUCAAUGCGCAUCUAAGUAUGCAUUAAAAAGUGAGAUAUUGAGUGAGGUAAUGGAGGGUGCACGUGCACCAGUUCUACCCAAACUCUGCAUUCACUAGCUUUGAAAAGUGUUAUUAAAUGCCAAUAAAGAACAACAAUGUUUUCAUUAUCCUGUGGUCUUUGUGAAAUACUUAAUUUUGUACACCAAAUACAAUACACCAAAUGGAGCUUUCCUUGUUAAUAGGUUUUAUAUUUAAGGUUUUGUGUAUGUAAAACUUUUUUUUUUAAAUAAACUAAUGUACAUUCACUUCUAUGCAGGGUACAGAGUACAAAGUUGGAAAGUUUCCAUUUGCAGCAAACAGUCGAGCGAAGACAAAUGCUGACACAGAUGGUUUGGUGAAAAUCCUGAGCCAUAAGUCUACAGACAGAAUGCUUGGUGCUCAUAUACUUGGAGCAGUAAGUUUAAAGACUUUUUGGAUCUGAUAAAUGUUGUUGUCAUUGCAAGCUAAGGGCCAGUGGCAACUGCUCCAAUUAUUAACUUCUUGUGGAUGUGACAAAAUUGACCUCCACUUUUCACACAUCCUUUUUUUUCAUGGCUUACCCUUUAUGUGGCCAGUCCCUUUGCGAACAAAGCUUGGCUUUUCAUCAUGAGAAAUGUAGUUCAGAAACUUCUAGAUACAUGUGAUCACUACUUAGAAUUAAUCUUAACAGUAAAACAAAAGACUGGUUGAAUGUCAUGGGGAAUUUAGUUUGCUAAUGAGCACCUAAUAAACCACAGUCUACAAGUAUUAAUUAACCAACUUUGGCAUGUCCUAUAUUUGCAAGACUGCACAUAUCAUGAUGCUCUGAAAACCUAGAUGGAAAUAUCCACAAAUCAUAACUAACAUUUGCAGUACAGAUAUUUGUGGACUAGUUUUCACACACCGCUCCUACUUUCUUUAGUCCACAAUUACCCUCGACCCCCAUUCACGCCCUUUCUCUUUACUUAUGUUUUAUAUCUGUCUCUCCUGGGCAGCCAAGUCUCAAUAUCUCUCUCUUCCUGGCAACAUUUCCUCUUCCCAACCAAUGCUAAUAUUUCCAUACCUGAUUAUAUUCACUAUAGCAUUUCUAGUGUUUAAUACAUAUAUAAAAUAAUUUUAUUUCCCCAAUAUAUGGUUAUUAGUUUUCAAAAGGUACAAGGAAAAAAAAAAAAAGCACAGCAAAAAAAGUUAAUGUAAUGUAGCCCCACUUCAAGUUACAAUGCAUUUUAAUUUUCUCUCUAUGCCGAACAUUUAUGUGUAGUUCUUUUUUAUGUUUUUGAAAUGGUACAAGACAAUUCCACAGUUUUGCUUCUAAACUAAGCACAUUCUUCCUAUUUGCUUAUUUUCUUCCCACUUUUUUUUCAUCUGCUUUACUGUGUUUGCAGGGUGCCGGAGAGAUGAUUAAUGAAGCUGCACUUGCUAUGGAAUAUGGAGCCUCCUGUGAAGAUGUAGCCCGAGUGUGUCAUGCUCAUCCUGUAAGUACAUAAAAUAUUAAUGGAAUUUAUAAUUUAGGUAAUACGGUUUAUGUGCAUGUUCUCACCACAUUUUUUCCCCUCUUUCUGCAGACUGUAUCAGAAGCCUUCAGGGAAGCCAAUUUGGCUGCAUCAUUUGGCAAAGCCAUCAAUUUUUAGGUGGUUCUAAAAAAACUCUACAUGUACAUAGGUUUCUAAAAAAGGGUUGAUCAAUGUGUUGAGGUACAACACUUGGACACCAUUUCUUGCUGAAUCCAGUGGUCUCUUAGUGGAAAAUAACUUAACAUUGUGUUAGUCAUAUGAAAUGCAUACAAAGAAAACAAGAAUUUUAAUUGAACUGAGACUUGAAAAAGUAGGCUGACAUCUGAACAUCUUUGUUUUAUAACUUUCAUUGUUGGAAACCAUGCCAUAAAAAUUUAAUGAUUGUAAAAUUAUUUCGUAUUAAGAAUGCAUUCUAAUUGUAUUGAACAGAUCUGAGAAACCUCCACAUUGGCUGUCCUCAUAUUUUUCUUUCUUCCACCAUACCGAAUUGUGGAAAUGUAAUUUAACAUAUACAUCCUGUAAAUGCUGCCAUUCAUGGUAGGGCUGUUUUCCUAUUCUAGUAAAUAUUGCUUGUACCAGUUCCAUCCAGGUAUAUGUACCAACAUGUCAAAACAUAUAUUCAGAAAUAAAUACAUUAUAAUAUAUAUUUAUUGCUAAUUUCAUUUUAGAUUUUCUUUUUGAGUUUUGUGGUUUUUGUCUUUGUUUUCUCCUCACAAUGAUGUAAACCAGUGGAAAUUGCCAUUUGUUUGCAUUUUGUCAAGAGUGGAAAAGUAGUGUUUGAAAUAGUCUUCAGGAAGGACAUUUAUGAGGAGAUGAUGGAUUUCAUUCACCAAACAAUUAUACCAGACUUCUCUUGAGUAUAAGAUUUUUUUUUUCUAGGUUAUGACUGUUGUGUCUUCUCUAAUUUUUUACGGGUUAGAUGUUCAAACAUGUUACAUGUGCAUUUGAUUUUUAUGGGUGUCAAAAAUGGCUGUUUUUGUACUACAUUAAUGAAAAUCAGUUAACAUUUUCUUUGGCAUGCAUUUUAUCCAUUAUCCUCAAAUUUAAUAAACUUGGUUUAUUUAAAAUAUGUACAUUAUUUUGUUGUCACAUACAUUUGCAUUGAUUAUGGCUCAGUUUUAGUGGUAUUUAUAUGUUC